AUGGGCGAAGACACCACGGCCCAGAUGGCUCGAGCUGCCGCCGACAGUGGCCGCCAACUCGAUGUCCUGGGCGUCCGGCUGGGAGCUCUACACAUCGGCGUGCUUCUCGGCGUGCUGCUGGUGCUGCAAGUCGCCGGGCGCAAGUGGUGGAGAUAUAGGGGCCACGUCUGGCGGAUGAAGAGGCUUGGAAAGCCCACGCCCGCGUGGAACCCGUUCCUAGGCAACAUGAUCGCCGCAGCCAAGAUGGUCAAUGCCCUGCCGCCCAAGGCGCACAGCACAUACAUCGUCAACGGCGUGGGCAAGACGAUCAAGCACAAUGGCGCCUUCUACCUGGACCUGUGGCCCAUGACCGAGCCCUUGCUCGUCGUCACGGACCCGGACAUGGCCACCCAGGCCACCACCCAUCCCAUCACGGGCGCGCGGAAACCCGCGGUCCUCAAGGCCUGGUUCCUGCCCAUCACGGGCGGGCCCUCGCUGUUCGACUCCAACGAUGCGGCCUGGAAGUACCUCCACAACCUGUUCACGCCGGGCUUCAGCGCCAACAACAUCGCCAACGAGGUGCCCGUCAUCGCGUCCAAGAUCUCGGUCUACCGGGACCUCCUGCGGCAUCGGGCCCGCGAGGGCGGGCGCUUCGAGAUGGAGCCCAUGACGCUGAGCCUCAUCAUCGACAUCAUCGGCGAGGUCGUGCUCAACGUCAGCCUCGACACGCAGCACGCGCGGCACCCGCUCGCCGACGCCAUGAUCCGGCAGCUCGCGCUCAAGUUCUCCAACUACGCGCCGCAGAAGAUGAUGGAGCGCCUGAGCCCGCUGUACCUGUACGGCAACUGGCGCAACAGCCGGGACCUCGACUCGCACAUCCGGGCGCAGGUCGAGUCGCGCUUCCGCAGCUACCGCGCGGCCGAGGCGACGGGCCGGGCGGAGCGGUACCGCUCCGUCAUGGACCUCGCCAUCGAGGACUACAUGUCGCAGCCGGGUAAGCGCGGCGCCGCGGCGCUCGACGCCGAGUUCAUGACCAUGGCCGUGCGCAACAUGCGCAUGUUCUUCUUCGCCGGCUACGACUCGUCGGCCGCCACCAUCGUCUUUUGCUACCACAACAUCUACCGGCACCCGGAGGUGCUGGCCCGCAUCCGCGCCGAGCACGACGCCGUCUUCGGCACCGGGUUGGGAGACGACGGCAGGGACGACGUCCCCGCCCAGAUAGAGCGCGACCCGGCCCUGCUCAACGCCCUGCCCUACACGCUGGCCGUGAUCAAGGAGACGAUGCGCCUGUUCCCGCCGGCGCAGGGCAUCCGCGAGGGCAGCCGGGAGCUCGAGCUUGUCGACGCGCAGGGACAAAAGUACCCGACCGAGGGCAUCAGCGUGCUCAUCUCGCACUACGGGACGCACCGCAACCCGCGGGCGUGGGUGCGCCCGCACGACUUCCUGCCGGAGCGGUGGCUCGUCGCGCCGGGCCACGAGCUGUACCCGCCGCGCGGCGCCUGGCGGCCCUUCGAGCAGGGGCCGCGCCUGUGCGUCGGCCAGCAGCUCGUCUUCACCGAGGUCAAGGCCGUGCUGGCGUGCGUGGUGCGCGAGUUCGACGUGCGCGACUGCUACGCCGAGAUCGACGCCGAGAGGGGACGCCCCGCGGCCGCGGCGCUGGACCUGUCGGGCGUCGACGGCGACAGGGCGUACAUGGUCGAGGCCGGCGCUGCGCACCCGGUCGGGUCGUAUCCUUGCCGGGUCUCGUUUAGCGGGUACGGUGGGAGGAGCAAGGAAGGAUGA